GCGGGCCCAAAGCCUGGGCUCGCCGACGGGGUGGGGCCCGGCGCCCAGCCGUUUACAGGUGCGUAAAUCCUCGGGGGAAUCCUCGGUUCCACCUGGCCGCGGCGAGGAAAUUGCACCAUGUAUGGGCAACUACGUCAGAGGAGGCAGACCGCCGCUAUCGUGGGGGACGCCAGGUCCGUCCCUUUCCCCCACGAAAAGGUGGCUACCGGACUGUAGGAGGCGUAGACAAGUUCCGUGCGGACUGGCAAAAGGCGGCGCUUCUGGGGAGGUGGAGCCCUGAGGUGUCCAGUGCCCGUUGAAAACCCGCCCGCUCCGCCCCCCCCGCCCCGCAAUCGAAGUGGUUCAGCCCGAGAACUUUUCAUUCAUUAAAAGAAAAGACUCCGCGAGGAGCCAGUGAGUCAGAACCGAAGCCGGCGAGGCGGACCCCACAGAGCAGCCAGCCAGGGCAUGUUCCGAGACUUUGGGGAACCCGGACCGAGCUCCGGGGCCGGCGGUGCGUACGGCGGCCCGGCGCAGCCCCCCUCUUCAGGCCAGCAGAAGUUCCACCUCGUGCCAAACAUCAAUGCUGUGAGUGGCAGCCAGGAGCUGCAGUGGAUGGUGCAGCCUCACUUCCUGGGACCCGGCAGCUACCCCAGGCCUCUGGCCUACCCCCAGUACAGUCCCCCGCAGCCCCGGCCAGGAGUCAUCCGGGCCCUUGGGCCACCUCCAGGGGUUCGUCGACGGCCCAGUGAACAUAUCAGCCCGGAGGAGGAGGAGCGCCGUCGAGUGAGGCGUGAGAGGAAUAAGCUGGCCGCGGCCAAGUGCAGGAACCGGAGGAAGGAACUGACCGACUUCCUGCAGGCGGAGACUGACAAACUGGAGGACGAGAAAUCCGGUCUGCAGCGGGAGAUUGAGGAGCUGCAGAAGCAGAAGGAGCGCCUGGAGCUGGUGCUUGAAGCCCACCGCCCCAUCUGCAAAAUCCCGGAAGGGGCCACGGAGAGCGACUCGGGCGGCCCGGGCGGUACCAGCGGCACCAGCAGCCCACCAGCCCCCUCCUGCCCUGUACCUUGUAUCUCUCUUUCCUCGGGGCCUGUGCUUGAACCCGAAGCAUUGCACACCCCCACACUCAUGACCACACCCUCCCUGACUCCUUUCACCCCUAGUCCAGUCUUCACCUACCCCAGCACCCCUGAGCCCUGCGCCUCAGCCCAUCGCAGGAGUAGCAGCAGCAGCGGGGACCCAUCCUCUGACCCUCUCGGCUCCCCCACCCUCCUUGCCUUAUGAGGCACCCCAGCCCCCCUACCAGCGGGUCCCACUCUAGCCAAUGUCUCCCCACCCAUUGGUCCAGCUGGUCUGGACCAUAUCCCAUGCCCAUCCUCAGCAGGCUCUUCUCCAUCCCUCCAGAUGAGACAGAGCAUAUUUCGCUUCCCAGUAGAGCCAGCUUGGGGCCACCAAAACUGCCCACUGUUUUUCCAGAGCUGGCUUCUCUAGCAUAAUUUGCACUAAAUCAGAGACAAAAUAUUUCCCAUUUGUGCGAGGGAACUCCUGGCAACCAAAAAGGACUUCGUAGAUCCCUAGAGGUCCUCUAGAGCCCUAAGCCCCUCCAGACCACACCUAGUCUUCAUCACACUCUUCCUGUGAUCCACCCAACCCAGUCGGACAGAAGAUGAUACUCUACCAGCCUAGAACACUAAUUCACCCAGCCCCACACUGCCAGCAGCACCAAGUGAUUGAACCAGGGCAUUCUGCUGGCCCCUCCUGAAUGGCAGGAGAGUGCCAGAGGCUUCUGUGAUGAGCUGACCUGCAGCACCCCCCCCAGCUCUGAGAAGACUUUAGCUCCAGGGAAUCCAAGCCUCCACAACGAAGGCAGCUGCUAUUUAUUUUCCUACAGAGAGUAUUUUUAUACAAACCUGCCAAAAUGGAAUAAAAGGCUCGAAGUUCUGGCCUGGUCUCAUUGAACCCAGAGGCGAAAGGGAGAACAUUUGGAACCAGAAGCCCGAGGCUCCGGUCUCAGCUCUAUGGACUUACUGCAUGAGUUUGGACAAAUUAUUUGAUAUUUCUGGACAUCGGUUGUCUUAUCUGACGAAUGAAGUUACAUCUGCUCUGCCUCGUCUCUAGGACUGAGAGGAGGACUAGAGUGAUGUUGGGUGCAAGCCAAAAGAAUUAUUAUCUUCCUCCUGAUGGGGGCCCACAGCGCUCCUGCGUGGGCCACAGGAGGGCGCUGUUAUGCCCAGUUCAGCCUCGGGGGAGGCCGCUGAGUGGGUUCUAGGCCCCCAACACCUGCUUCCUGCCCCAUUGUCUUGGACAGGAAGGAGCCGGGAAGGGAGCUGGAGCCACUUCAGGGG